AUGUCUGGUUUAACUAAAGAAGAAGAAAGAUUAAAAGAUAUUAAGUAUAGACAAUGGGGUUCUUAUGUUGGUGAACGUCAAUGGGCUACAGUUAGAGAAGAUUAUUCAGCUGAUGGUGACGCUUGGUCAAGUUUCCCUUUUGAACAUUCAAAAUCAAGAACUUAUCGUUGGGGAGAAGAUGGUUUGGCUGGUGUUAGUGAUAGAAGACAGUUGGUUAAUUUAACAAUGGCUUUAUGGAAUGAAAAAGAUGAAAUUUUAAAAGAAAAAUUAUUUGGUUUAACUAAUUCGCAAGGUAAUCAUGGUGAAGAUGUUAAAGAAGUUUAUUAUUAUUUAGAUAAUACUCCAUCACAUUCAUAUAUGAAAUAUUUAUAUAAAUAUCCUCAAACUAAGUUUCCAUAUAAAGAAUUGGUUGAAGAAAAUGGUAGAAGAUCAAGAUUAGAUAAAGAAUAUGAAAUUACUGAUACUGAUUUAUUUAAAGAUAAUAAAUAUUUUGAUGUUGUAUUUGAAGGUGCAAAAGCUGAUGAUAAUCCUUAUGAUUUAUAUUUUAGAAUUACUGCUUAUAAUAGAUCAAAUGAAGUUGCUCCUUUACAUAUUUUACCUCAUUUAGUUUUAAGAAAUACUUGGGCUUGGGGUACUGAUGAAGGUGAAUUAGAAGAAAAACCACAUAUAAAGAAGAUUAAUGAUUAUACAAUGAAAAUAACUACUAAAAGAUUUGGUACUAGAUAUUUAUCAUUUGCUCCAUCUCCAGGCUGUAAUGAUAAUUCACCAGAUGUUGAACCACAAUUAUUAUUUACUGGAAAUGAAACAAAUACUAAGAAAUUAUAUGAUCAAGAAAAUAAAACUAAAUAUGUUAAAGAUGCUUUCCAUGAUUUAGUUGUCGAUGGUAAAAAAGAAGCAGUUAAUCCUGAUAAUGAAGGUACAAAAGCAGCUGCAUGGUUUAUUUUCAAUGAUCAAGGUGGUGUUCCACCUGGUGAUUAUGUAACUAUACGUUAUAAAUUCACAAAAGAUGAUUCAGAUGUUGAUGAAUAUGAAUUGGAUCAAAUUUUUAACAGAAGACAAAGUGAAGCUGAUCAAUUUUAUUGGAAAGUUUCUCCAUUACCAAUUUCAGAUGAGUUAAGACAAGUUCAAAGACAAGCAUUUGCUGGAUUAUUAUGGACUAAACAAUUUUAUCAUUUUGUUCAUAAUUAUUGGGCUGCUGGUGAUCCUAAUACUAUAAAACCACCAGUUAAUAGAGCAAAUGGUAGAAAUAGACAUUGGAAACAUUUAUAUAUUGAUGAUAUUUUAAGUUUACCAGAUAAAUGGGAAUAUCCAUUCUUUGCAGCUUGGGAUUCUGCUUUCCAUUGUAUACCAUUUGCCAUGAUUGAUCCAUGGUUUGCUAAAAAUCAAAUAGAUUUAUUAUUAAGAGAAUGGUAUUUACAUCCAAAUGGUCAAAUCCCAGCUUAUGAAUGGAAUUUUGACGAUGUUAAUCCUCCAGUUCAUGCAUGGGCAGCUUAUAGAAUUUUUAAAAUUGAAAGAAAAAUGUAUGGAAGAGAGGAUGUUGACUUUUUGGAAAGAGUUUUUCAAAAAUUGAUGCUUAAUUUUGCUUGGUGGGUUAAUAGAAAAGAUGCCGAAGGUAAUAAUGUUUUUGAAGGUGGAUUUUUAGGUUUAGAUAAUAUUGGUGUUUUUAAUCGAUCUGAAGCAUUACCAACAGGUGGUUCUUUAGAACAAGCUGAUUCAACUGGUUGGAUGGCUUUCUUUUCAUUACAAAUGUUAAACAUUGCGUUGGAAUUGGCAAAAACAAGACCAGUUUAUGAAAACAUUGCAUCUAAAUUUUUUGAACAUUUUAUAAUUAUAGCUGAUGCAAUGACAUUUAGAGGGGCGGAUGAAACUGAUGAAAAUGCAGCCAAAAAUUCAUUAUGGGAUGAAAAUGAUAAAUUUUAUUAUGAUGCAAUUAGAUAUGGUGAUCAUUAUACUCAAUCAUUACCUGUUAGAUCAUUAGUUGGUUUAAUUCCAUUGUAUGCUUCAUUAACUUUGGAACCUGAAUUGUUAGAAAGGUUCCCAUCAUUUAGAAAAAGAUUAAAUUGGUUUAUUGAACAUAAAAAAUCACUAGCUGCAAGAAAUAUAGCAUCAAUGGAAGCAAGAGGUGUUGGUGAAAGAUUAUUAUUAGCUUUAGUUUCAAAAGAUAGAUUAGUUGCAAUAUUGGAUAAAAUGUUGAAUGAAGAUGAAUUUUUAUCUCCAUAUGGUAUUAGAUCAUUAUCGAAAUAUCAUAAAGAUCAUCCAUUUUCAAUGAAUGUACAUGGUGAAGAAUUUAAAGUUGAAUAUUUACCUGGUGAAUCUGAUUCUGGUAUGUUUGGUGGUAAUUCUAAUUGGAGAGGACCAAUUUGGUUCCCUGUAAACUUUUUAUUAGUUGAAGCAUUACAAAGAUUUUAUUUGUAUUACGGUACUGAUUUAAAAGUUGAAUGUCCAAAAGGUUCAGGUGAUUAUUUAAAUUUAGCACAAUGUGCUCAAGAAAUUCAACAUAGAUUGAUUCAUUUAUUUUUACCAGAUGAAGAAGGUAAUAGAGCAUGUAAUGGAGAUAAUGAAAUAGUUAACAAAGAUCAAUAUUUCAAAGACUAUGUUCCAUUCUAUGAAUACUUCGAUGGUGAUACAGGUAGAGGUUUAGGUGCAUCUCAUCAAUGUGGUUGGACUGCUGUUGUUGCUAAAUGGAUUCAUGAUAAUGGUGUUACUUGUAGAAUUCCAAAAACUCCAAGAACACCAAUGAAGAGAAGAAAAUCAUCAGUAUUAGUUCAUGAUUCCACAAAUUCAAGUAAAAAUGAAGAUGAUAUUAUGAAAUAUUUCCCUAAAUCAGGUCCAAUCAGUGCCAAAUUAACAAGAAGAAAAUCUGGAAAAUCAUUAUUAAAUUUAACAGUCAAUGCAUUAGAUUUAAAUGAUGAAGAAGAGGAUUCUGCAUGUAAAGCAGAACUUUCAAGAGAUUUACAAGGUUUGGAUCAUGGUGCAAAUAUAACUGAUGAAAUUUUAAAAGCUGAAUUACAUGAAUUAAAUAAAACUCAAAGUGGAGCUUCAAUAGAUUCAAAUUUCGAAGUUAGUGAUGAUUUAUUAGAACAAGUUAAAAAUGCAUUUAGGAAAUAUAAAUCAAGAAAUGAUGAUGAAGGUGAUGUUUCAGGUGAUGAAUUUGAAACAAGGUAUAGAAAUUAG